UUUGAGUACUACUUUUAUAUAUAGGUGUACGUGUACGCGUUGCUUACCAAGUAACGUUCGACAGUUGGCGAUUCUGAAAAUAAGUCUUCUUCAAAAUGGAAACGUAUUCUUGCAGUCUUUGGAAGUAAAUGGGUCAGAAAGUUGAGUCUGCAAACACAUUUUCAAACUUUCUCCCCGACAACUGGGUGUGGGAUACAGAAUGCAAACCAAGGGAAGUUACUCUGUCUGCAGAUCAAACAGAGGCCUAUUUCUUCAUUGACCCAGUGACAGAAAGCAUAGGAACAGCAGGAGUGAGAGGAAAUAGAGGAUUUCAAGAUGGCCGACAUUUCUGGGAGAUCAUCUUUCUAGAGCCUCCUGCAGGAACCUCUGUGAUGGUUGGAGUGGGGACACAACAGGCACCACUGUUCCUUGGAAACUACCAAUAUGUCAAUUUAAUAGGUGUGAAUAAGGAAAGCUGGGGACUGUCUUACAAAGGAACAAUUUGUCAUGCGGGUAAAUCCUCCCAGUAUUGUGAACCAUUUUACAACAAACGUACGACUAUCGGAUGUUUUCUCGACAUACAGGGCGGGACAUUAACCUUUUUUAAAAAUGGAAUAGACCUUGGUGUUGCAUUCUGGGGGAUGGAUUUGGUGGGGGAGCCACUAUAUCCACUGAUUAGUUCAACAGCAGCAGAAACCGAGUUGGCUUUAGGGAAAAGAAUCUGUUCGUCUAGAUAUUUGUCUCUUCAAGAGCUCUGUUGCAUUACUCUUAGAAGAAAUGUACCUGCCAGUUUAGUGGAUUGUCUCCCCUUGCCUAAACCAAUUUGUCAGCUAGUCAAAAAUGUGUAUUACUAGUUUCAGUAAUUGCCCUAGAUAACAUUAUAUUCAGGAGAUAAAAGUCAUGUCUGUAAUUUGUUCUGCAUUGUAGAUCUACACAUAUCAGUCAAGUUUUAAAUAUUUUAUACAAAUUUAUGUGGUGUUAAAAUCAUAAAAUAUUUUAAAUGGAUAGGAUAUUGAAUUUCAUAAUCGAGUCACAUGGAACAAAUACUGUUCCCACAAGACAUGACCUUAUCUCCUUUCUAUAACAAAUGUCAGUCAGGAAUGCGUACUUCUGCAUUAAUGAGUUGCCAACAAUUUUUGCUCAAACACAUCUGCUAAAAAGCAGCUAUAUACAUUUUACACCUGUUGAAAUAUUUUUACUGUUAAAAUGAUAAAUACCAGUGAAUCGUUCAUAUUCAUGUUUUAAUUAAUAAAAUUUGUUUGAAA